AUGCAGCCCAAAUCUGGGGACAAUGGAACAACCAUUACUGAAUUCAUCCUGCUGGGUUUGGUGCAGAUGCCAGAACUGUGGCCACUUGUCUUCAUACUUUUCCUCCUGGCUUACCUGGUCACAGUUGGAGGCAACCUCAGCAUCCUGGCAUCUGUCUUGGUGGAGCCCAAACUACACACCCCCAUGUAUUUCUUUCUGGGAAACCUGUCCCUGAUGGAUGUUGGGUGCAUCAGUGUCACUGUUCCCUCAAUGUUGGGUAGGCUCUUGUCCCACAAGCGCACAGUUGCAUAUGGAGCCUGCCUCACACAGCUCUUCUUCUUUCAUCUUCUGGUGGGCGUAGACUGCUUUCUGUUGACAGCCAUGGCUUAUGACCGGUUUCUGGCCAUCUGCCAGCCCCUCACCUACAGUGUCCGCAUGAGCAAGACCACCCAAAGAGUCUUAGUGGCUGUGUCCUGGGCUUGUUCCUUCAGCAAUGCACUGACCCAUACUGUGGCUGUUUCCACACUCAAUUUCUGUGGCCCCAAUGUGAUCAACCACUUCUACUGCGACCUCCCCCAGCUCUUCCAGCUCUCCUGCUCUAGCACACAGCUCAACGAACUGCUGCUCUUCGGUGUGGGUUUCAUCAUGGCAGGUGCACCCACGGCUCUCAUUGUUAUCUCCUACAUCCACGUGGCAGCUGCUGUUAUGCGGAUCCGCUCUGUUGAGGGCAGGAAGAAGGCCUUCUCCACAUGCAGCUCCCACCUCACUGUUGUUGCCAUAUUCUAUGGUUCUGGUAUCUUUAACUACAUGCGACUAGGUUCCACCAAACUUUCAGACAAGGACAAAGCUGUUGGGAUUUUCAACACUGUCAUCAAUCCCAUGCUAAACCCAAUUAUCUACAGCCUCAGGAACCCUGAUGUGCAGGCUGCCCUGUGGAGAGUGCUCACAGGGAGACGGUCAUUGGCUUAA